AUUUGAAAACAAUAUGUCAGCUUCCAUGAAACACGCAUCUGAAGGUUGAAAGGUUUAUUUUGGUCGCAGAGAAGUUUCUGUCAUGUUGGGUUUAACGCUGCGAGAAGUGUGUUUGGCUCUCAGAGAAGGUCACAUCAGCCCUAAAGAACUCUGCCAUCAGUGCUUAAAUUUAAUUAAGAAAACCAAAUUUAUCAAUGCCUAUAUAACUGUCACAGAAGAAGUUGCAUUGGAACAAGCAGAAAAGGCAGAGAAGAGGUUUCUAAAAGGUGAACCACUGGGGCCUCUGGAUGGGAUUCCAGUUGCUGUAAAAGACAAUUUUUCAACUGCAGACAUUGAAACAACAUGUGCAUCUCGAAUUUUAAAAGGAUAUAUCCCACCAUUCAACGCAACAGUAGUUAAUAAAUUACUAAAUCAAGGAGCAGUGCUAAUGGGUAAAACAAAUAUGGAUGAGUUUGCCAUGGGGUCAGGCAGCACUGAUGGAAUUUUUGGUCCUGUAAGAAAUCCUUGGGGAUACUCUAGACAGUACAAGGAAAAGCUAAUUACAACAGGUCAAUGCAAAGAAGAACCUGAUUGGGUGAUAACAGGUGGCAGCUCUGGGGGCAGUGCAGCAGCAGUUGCUGCUUUAACAUGUUUUGCUGCUCUUGGCUCUGAUACUGGAGGUUCAACAAGAAACCCUGCUGCACAUUGUGGAGUUGUAGGCCUGAAGCCCACUUAUGGUCUAGUUUCUCGACAUGGCCUCAUUCCUCUUGUGAAUUCAAUGGAUGUGCCUGGAAUUCUUACCCGAAGUGUUGAUGAUGCUGCUACUGUACUUGGUGUACUUCAUGGUCAUGAUCCUAAGGACUCCACAACAGUACAUCAUUCCUUUGAAUCUUUCAGCUUGCCAGAUGAAGUCGAUGUCAAAAAUAUAUCUAUUGGCAUUCCUAAGGAAUACCAUGCUCCUGGCUUGUCAGCAGAAGUACUAUCCCAGUGGAUGAAAGCUGCAGAUACCCUUGAAAGGGCAGGGGCCCGAGUUGUUGAAGUCUCACUUCCUCACACUCCACAUUCCAUUGUGUGUUACCAUGUACUCUGUACUGCAGAAGUGGCUUCUAAUAUGGCCAGGUUUGAUGGAAUAGAAUAUGGUCAUCGUAGUACAGUUGACAGCUCAACUGAAACUAUGUAUGCUUCAACCAGGCAUGAAGGAUUCAAUGAUGUUGUAAGAGGAAGAAUUCUUUCUGGAAACUUUUUUCUUUUAAAACAGAACUAUGACAGAUAUUUUGUCAAAGCCCAGAAGGUGAGACGCCUCAUUGCUGAAGAUUUUAUAAAAGUCUUUAAUUCUGGAGUGGAUGUGCUGCUGACCCCAACAACACUUAGUGAUGCAGCCUGUUACAAAGACUUUAUUAAAGAAGACAACAGAACACGUAGUGCCCAGGAAGAUAUUUUCACUCAAUCUGCCAACAUGGCAGGUCUCCCAGCUGUUAGUAUUCCUGUUGCAUUGUCGGCAAGAAACCUUCCUGUAAGUCUUCAGUUAAUUGGACAAAGAUUCAGAGAAGUGGACCUGUUAACUAUAGCCAAAUGGUUUGAGCAGCAAGUUAAUUUUGAGGCUAUUGAUCUUCAGAUAUCAGAUAACAUAGAAAAACUGCCAAAAAAGAAAACUGCUUCUACUGCCUGAUGUCUUUAGCUUAAUGUAUUGUUUGAAAUUACUCUAGGAACAAUAUUCUGUUGGCACUAUCAUGUACAUUUUGUAAAUAAAUUGAUUUUAAAAAAUGUCUUACAAUUAGUAUGUGUAUGUAAUAAAACUUUUACUUAAAAUA